AUGGCUGCUUCCAUUCCAUUCCAGCGAGGUUCCAACAUCUCGUUCCAGAGAGCACGAACCAAAAUCGGAAUCCAAUACUUCGACUUCGUGUUCCCAACCCAGCAGAUUGAGAUAUCCGAUACUUUGAUCGGCAUUCCAUACAAUCUCCAAGAAGUACGCCGCUCUUGGGGCGUGUUGCAGCUUAUCCAUACGGUGGACAUGUCACACCCUGUGAUUCCUUCACCCACCAGCGACCAGCGCAUCAUGGAAAACAGCUCCAACUGGCUCGGCCGGCUGCCCACCCAGCGUUCUGCUUCGGUACCUGCCCGAGCCGAGAGCUCUGACUCCUCAGGUACCAGCACAGGCACAGUCGUUCGUGCUUCUAUACCUCGUACCAAUGGCCAUCGCCCAUCCUACGGCGGCACCAUCCAUCCUGCCGUCCACCCUGGGGAAAGACUGUCAUCCGGUCCAUCAAUUCCGCAAUAUUCACAGCAGCCUCAGGGAUCCCACACUCGGAACCAGAGAAGUGCCUUGCAUACUAAUGGAUAUGCUGCGGCUCAACACCUUAUGAGACAACGUCCACAUAGCCAGCAACAACAGCCCCCUGUCCACAUCCUUAAUACCAACGGCUCCGCGCCUCCUUCCGGAGCACGACAGACCUUUUCCAAUGGACAACGAGGAGGCAGUUCGUACAGGUCUUCCCAGGCCAUCGCGCUCAAAGCUCAAUGGAGAGACUGGGCUAGGCUUGGUCUCCGACUCCAUCCAGUCCCUCUCCACACUACAACUUUCGACCUAUGGCAGCACUUCAAGCCUUACGGCCAGAUCAUCUUCAUCGAUCUAGAAGAUGAUGUUCACGCAGCUCGAACAGGUGUUGCAUAUGUCCACUUCUCGCCGCCUCCUACCAAGGAAUGCUGGGGAACCUCAUCACAAAUCAACAUCCAGGGCCAAAGUGUAAAGGUCAAGAUUUCCCUCCUCCCCCAACGCAUUGAACAAGUUCAAAGUCCUGGUGGUCAACUCUACGACUCAAAGCUGAGCCUCACACCAAAAUCCUUACGAUUCGGCAUUCUCGUUUCUGAGAAUACAAUGAUGGACAUGCGAACGCUUGAAAACAGCCUCAAGGGCGACUUUUCACUCACAGUCGACUUGAGGUACAGGAGCCUUGAGAUACAGUUUGCUUGCGACAUCAAAGACCCGCGCCGCGAGGAUCCCAGCAUCAAGGGUUCCCAGCCCAACAUCAAGGACUCUCCAAUUGGAGCCAUGGAAUGCACGUCCGAGUACAAGGCCCAGAUCUCUUUCACUCAUCUGACGAAGCUCAUCCAAAUCAAAGACGAUGACGAGGAUACGUGGUCCCUGGUCAUCUCGCUGUCGAGUCCUCCCGUUUUCUACAAGAAACAGGAAUACGGAAGAUCUCACUCGAAGAAUAUUAGCAGUUGGGGAGAGAAGGACGCGUGGAAUCGAACGGUCGACGUGUCUUACGACACAUCAUGGUUCAAGGAAGAGGCUAUAUCCCUCCCAAGAACCCACCAGUAUAUCGACAUUGGCAGAUGGACGACGUACAAGCUCACUUUCACGAAAGCUGAUCUGGCCGCAUGGGACACGAUGAAGCAUGUUCUGCAGGACUUCAAUAUCGACACCGACUCUGCCACAACAAGUGCCUUUUCGACGAUCCCGGCACAAGUUUCCAACAUAUGGGAGAUCCUCGAGCCCCAAGUGAGCAUCGACACAGCGAACGCUAAUCUAGCUUUGCUCGCUGGCACUGAAGACGUGCAUCUUCCCUACGAUGUUCGAUACCAGCUCGAAGUAUGCCUUUCCCAAGGAAUCCUCAAUGAAGUUAACAUCGAGGCAGAUUUCUUGCGGGGCCUGGCAGAUCUCUCUAGCAGCCGCAGUGCUCGAAGGGACAGGGCGAGGGAUCUUUUGACGUACGUCGCCGAAUCUCACACCCAAGAACUCGCGGACGGCCCCAGGAAGGUGGCCGACAAGAGGGUAUAUGACCCCAUGUCACUGUUCCAGAACAGAAAGGCGAUGAGCCACUACCCAGAAAUUGGCCUUCCCGAACACUGUGUGUGGAUCAGGAAAGUCGUUGUCACUCCCUCGACCGUUUACCUGAGUACACCGACACCGGAGCCAUCGAACCGGAUCUUGCGCCACUAUUCCAGCUUCGCAGACCGCUUCCUGCGAGUCCAGUUCACCGAUGAGCUCGUCAAGGGGCGCAUCUUCCCCGAGCCUGAAAGUGAGCAGAACAAUGCUCUCUUCAACAGGAUAUUUCGAGCCUUGAGAAACGGCCUUCAGAUCGGCGGACGCCAUUUUCAAUUCCUCGCAUUCGGCAACUCGCAGUUCCGAGAGAACGGGGCCUACUUCUUCUCUCCGACAGAUCACAUAACUUGCGACAACAUUCGCAGUUGGAUGGGAGAAGUCAAUCACAUCAAAGUCGUCGCCAAACACGCUGCCAGAUUGGGACAGUGUUUCUCUACUACCAGAAUACCUAAGGGCAUCCCGAUCGGGCAGACUGUCAAAGAGAUCGCCGAUAUCGAGCGCAACGGCUGGUGCUUCAGCGAUGGCGUUGGGAAAAUCUCGCCAGAUCUUGCCAAAUACAUUGCUAAGCACCUUAAGUUGACCAAGAAGAAUGUGCCAUCCGCCUUCCAGUUUCGACUCGGCGGUUGUAAAGGCCUGCUGGUGUGCUGGCCCGACUUGUCCUUCAACGAGAUCCAUAUACGACCAUCCCAGAAGAAGUUCAAAGCAUCCGCCCAGAAUAUCGAGAUAAUCAAGUCCUCUCGGUACGCAGUCGCAACCUUGAACAGACAGACCAUCACCAUACUCAGCACCCUCGGCGUGCCGGAUGCUGUAUUCGUCAAGAUGUUGCAGACUCAGCUGGCCGGUUACAAUGGUGCAUUGGAGGACCCAACCAUUGCCAUGAAACUGCUUAGCAGAUACGUCGACCAGAACGGCAUCACCACGAACAUCGCGCAGAUGAUUGUGGACGGAUUAAUGCAGGAGAAGGAGCCAUUCUUCAUGUCUAUUCUCCAGGUGUGGCGUGCUUGGUCCCUGAGAUUGCUUAGAGAGAAGGCUCGAAUCGUUGUCGACAAGGGCGCCUUCGUCUUUGGCUGUCUGGAUGAGACCUUUACCCUCCGAGGUCACCACAAGCCGACCGGUUCCGUGGACAAAGACCUCGAGCUCCCGCAGAUAUUCCUUCAGAUUCCCAACCCAAAUGCGCCUAUUGGCGAGGAUGACAAAUACAUUGUCGUCACCGGGUUGUGUGUGGUAGGACGCAAUCCGUCAUUGCACCCGGGCGACCUCCGCGUCGUCGAGGCCGUGGACGUCCCCCAACUCAGACAUCUUCGUGACGUCGUCGUGUUCCCGGCUACCGGAGAUCGUGACAUCCCUUCCAUGUGUUCUGGCGGUGAUCUCGACGGUGACGACUUCUUCGUCAUCUGGGACCCUGAGUUGAUCCCUCCUUCGUCGGAGUGGAAUUACGCUCCCAUGCACCACGACUCGGCCAACACACCAAAGGAGCUCCCACGCGAUGUGAGACCAUCCGAUCUCAUCCAGUUCUUCGUCGCCUACAUGAAGAACGACUCCCUCAGCAGCAUCGCCAUGGCGCACCUCGCACUAUCGGACCGGCUCGGGCCUAAGGAUCCCAUGUGCGUUGAAUUGGCCCAGCUACAUUCCAAGGCUGUGGACUACCCGAAGUCAGGUCAACCGGCACAUCUCAAGAGAUCACUGCGCCCGAAGAAAUGGCCGCACUUCAUGGAGAAGCCCAAUCGCUAUGUGUCGACCAAGAUCCUCGGCCAGCUUUACGAUCUGGUGGCGGCAGUAGAUUUCAAGCCCAACUACAAUGGCGCUUUCGAUGAACGAAUCCUCCGCCGAUACCGGCUCGACGAAGAGGUGUUGAGGAACGCGCGUAUCAUCAAGAAGCAGCAUGACAAGGCUCUCCGGCAGAUCAUGAAUCAACGUGAGAUUGCGACGGAAUUCGAGGUAUGGUCCACAUUCGUCCUCACCAAGCCUCGGGUCGGCAACGAUUACAACAUGCAAGAGACAAUGGGGGGCAUUGUAUCCCGCCACCGCGAGAGAUUCAAGACGGCUUGUGUCAAGGUGGCCGGUUCGAGAGAGCCAAGUAUCCUGUGUCCGCUGAUUGCGGCCACGUACCGCAUCACGUGGGAGGAGGUGCAGGUUGCUCUACAGACAUCGCCGGAACUGUUUACCAUACUCGAUCGAGAUACUGCAAGGCGAAAGGAGGUGAUGGAGUCGAUGCCUUUGAUCAGCUUCCCUUGGAUCUUUGAGCACGAGCUGGGCCGCAUUGCGAACAUGAGAGGUGACCCCGAACUCGACAGGAUACCGCAGGUCACCCCUUCACUCUUUGACGAGGACAAGGGCGAGGACGAGGACAAGGACAAGGACGAAUACGAAAGGCUUGUAGCUGCCGGUCUCAUGGUCGGUGACCUAGAAGACGGCAGUGAAGGCGAUGGUGAGCUCAACGGCGAUGGUGCAAGCAGUAGCACAGAGUCCAGAGAUCAACAGGCUUUGUCGCCCGCCACUGCCACUGCGGCGGCGACGAAGACAGAAGAGGACAUGGUGGGAGAGGUGGUGGAAGAGGACAUAGUGGAGAUGGAGGAUGAGGACAACGGAAUGGAUGCCCUGGAGAAGUUGGUACUCUGA